AUGGCUGAUCAGUCUGAUCUUGGCUUGCGUUUGGAGGAUUGUGUGGUCGAGGCCUUGGACCACACUAACGGCAACAUGCUGAUCGUCUUGAACACUGGCCGUCUCGCCGUAUUGUCUUUCCGUAUCGAUGGUCGCUCGGUUUCUGGUUUAUCUGUUCAUUUGGUAGACUCUGCCCAUGGCGGCCAUCAGUUAAAGACUGCUGCAAACUGCGCUGCCUCAUUGGGACGUGGUCGAUUGUUUUUGGGCAGCGAGGACGGCGACUCCACUCUGAUUGGCUGGUCCAAGAAGACUGCGCAAUCACGCAAACGAAGUCAUGCCCAGAUGAUUGCCGAAGAUGCCGAACUCUCACUGGACGAGGAAGACCUCGACGACGACGCAGAUGACGAUUUGUACGCUGACGAAGCUCCGGUCGUAAAACAGAUGGCCUCCCAGACUGCUGAUGUCAGCGGUCCCGACAGCUACUCCUUCAGGGUACACGACAAUCUGUUCAGUCUGGGUCCUAUCAAAAAUGUCUGUCUGGGCAAAUACGCCACUGAGCUCCCCGAAAACGGUACCGAACCACAACUAUCCCUCCUCGCAAGUGUUGGUCGGGAGCGUGCGUCGAAGCUUGCAUUCAUCAAUCGUGAACUAACCCCUAGCCCACUUCGAACAGCAGAACUCCCUCAUGCCCAAGCCGUCUGGACCGCAUGUGCAAAGCAGGCAGCUUCACGUGGCUUACCCAAACCUACAGAUGGUACUCAGAAUCCGGAGGCACAACUUGCAUCUGACAUGCAGUUCGACCAGUAUCUCAUCACUUGUCAUGCUGAUGAGGACGGUUCUGAAAGCUCAAAAGUUUUCAAGAUUGACAAUGAAGUUACCGAUACCAAACAGGGCGAUGAAAGUAUGAUCUACACUGAGGUGACCGGGACCGAGUUUGAGGGUGAAGGUGAGACUUUGGAUGUUGGGGUCUUGGCCUCUGGCACAAGAAUUGUCCAGGUGAGAAAGCAUGAAGUCAGGAGUUAUGACGCAGGUAAGUCUCGAAAUUAUCCCCCACUCACAGAUCAUCUUGCCCAUAUCCAAGCAUUUCCCCCAUUUGUCUAUCAUUCAACACGGCCUCAAGGUUAUCUCACCUGGAAGCAGCGCCUUCAUGGAGAAUCUCAGAUGCACAGUCAUUCGAGGAUACCAACACUGAGGAUGUCGUAUAUGUCAUCAUGUGUACUAUAG